AUGUCGAAUAAGCAGCACGGACCCGCCCCUACCAAAUGGGCUCUUGACGGACGCGAGCAAGACCUGCUCCAUUACGUCUACGGGCGUCCUGAUAUCAAGGACAUUAAGGGCCAACCCAGCAAAGUUCUCUCGGCUAUAGAUGAUUACCACAGCAAAUUCAACAAGCUCAUGAAUAUUGGCUCUGCAAAGGGUCAGCACAUCGUCGAUGUGAUCAAUGAGCGCAAGCCAUCAACUAUGAUCGAGCUUGGCGUAUAUGUCGGCUACAGUGCCAUCUUGUUUGGAAACGCUGUCCGAUCGCAAGGUGGAAAACAAUACUUCGGUAUUGAGAAGAACCCCGAGAUGGCAGCUGUCGCCAACCAGCUUGUCGAACUAGCAGGACUGCAAGAUAUAGUGCGCAUUCUAGUUGGAUCUAGUGACCAGGUUCUCGAGGAACUCGUUCAGGACAAAGUAGUCAGCCAGAUCGAGCUGAUCUUCCUCGAUCACUGGCAGGACCGCUACUUGCCUGAUCUAUGGCUUCUUGAAGAAUGGAAUGUGCUGAAGCCUAAUUUUUCCGUGGUUAUUGCGGAUAAUAUCAUCAUGCCUGGUGCGCCUGAGUACCGGAGGUGGGUCGAGGCGACUACGGCGCAGAAGAGACAGAUUGUGAGUAGCGAUGGAAGUGGAGCUCUUAGUCCCAACCCAGACCUGGUAUAUGAGACCGUUCUCAGUAAAUUUGACACUGAUUUUGGUCCGGAUGCUGUUACAGUCACUCGUGUUGUCGGAGAGGAUAAAGCAUGA